AUGGCAGCAGCAAGCGCAGCGACACAAGUGGCCCACGCUGCCUCAUCAGCGCAACAAGCAACACGCUCGAUGCGAACAGGAGUCCUAAUCCAUCCUUCCACUGCCCACUCGGGGCGCUUCCUCGUCCUGCCGCACCCGCGGACAUUGGUACCUACAUACUACCUCUCUGCCUCAUCAUCAACCUCUUCAUCCAUCUCCACUGAUCAGCUUUAUGAGCUCUCCACACUGCAAGACUCGAAGCACGAUCGAUCGUGGAUGAUCUCCCGCUUGAACCAAGUCAUCUCUUCUGGUCAACUCGACAUUCUGUCUAGAAUAGAUGCGAGGUUCCUCGUCGUUUCGCUGCUAUACAGUGUGUUGGGAGAUGGAAAAUACAGAUCAAGGGAAGACAUGUUUGAGCAGAUAGCUUUGGAGCUGCACGUACGGAGAUCCGAGGAAUUGUGCGAAGCGAUUCCGGAGCUCAAAGCCAGACUAGCGACGGGCAAAGAUAGUGCGGAGGGGCAACAGAACGAGUGGACGGAUGUGGUUGUGUUCGAAAAGCUCGAAGUGACAAAGAGAGCGUUGGAGGAUGUUGCGGAUGUCCAAGAUCUGCCCAAUGGCGAGCAAGCAUACCGACUCUCCCUACCGAAAACGUUCGCCCUGCUCGACAGCAAGCAUUCAACCCUUUCUCAACAAUCUACCUUCAUCUCGGCCCCCAAUACGCUAGGGCGAACCUUCGAACGCUCCUGGCCGCACGACUCAGACCCCUCACCCUACGUCUCGCUUCCGAGUCCGGACAAAGAGGCACAAGACUGCCAGGACGCUCAACAACUACGCAGUCAGAUUGCAGCCGAGAUCAUCGCCACCUACUUACCGGACAAGUUGGCUGCUGAAUACUUUGCUCAUCUAGGCAUUAAGGUCGACCAGUGA